UCGGGCAUCAAUGCUAAAAUUUAGUAUAAAAUCAGUUUUAUACGAAUAUCAUUAAACAUAGUAGAGGUUAACGUUUAUAUUUCCAAAUUAAAUUGAAGUGUUCAAUGAUGAAAUUGUUAAUAUUUCUGGUUUGUAUUGUUGCGGUGAAUUGUCUCAAUGAUAUUAAACACUGGAAUGAUUUUAAGGUAAAAUUUGAAAAAUCCUACGGCGACCAAAAUGAAGAAAGUCAGCGAUUUGAAAUAUUCCAAGGAAAAUUACGCGAAAUUGAGGAACAUAAUGCUCGAUUCAACAACGGAGAGGAGACCUAUACAAAGGGAAUUAACCAAUUUAGCGAUAUGACCCACGAAGAAUACAUAGAAAUGUUAAGUUAUAGUAAAGAAUUGCGUCCAGCUCGUUCUCAACAUGUUACGUUGAGAACGUUUCCUCGAGAAGUUUUAGCAGAUCUUCCAGACUUUGUUGAUUGGCGAGAAAAGAAUGUGGUUACAGAAGUUAAAAAUCAAGAAGCUUGCGGAUCUUGUUGGGCCUUUAGUACGACUGGUGGAUUGGAAGGACAGUAUGCUCUGAAAUAUAACAAACUGGUAUCUUUAAGUGAACAAAAUCUUCUAGAUUGUUCAGGUCCCUAUGGGAAUGGAAAUUGCAGCGUAGGAGGAAUAAUGAGAUUUGGACUAGAUUACGUUAAGGAUAAUGGUAUUAACACAGAGGAGACUUAUCCUUAUGAGGCUGUACAAAAGGAAUGUCGAUAUCAACCUUCUCAAAAUGUCUUGCGUAUUAGUGGAUACGACGUUUUUGAACAAAGUGAGGAAGCGCUACAGUAUGCUGUAGCUACUUACGGACCAAUCAGUGUAGCCAUAGAUUUUAGCUUGGCUGGUGGCUAUGCUAGCGGCAUCUUUAAUAACCCAGCAUGUCAUAAUAAGCCAGAAGAAUUAAACCACGGCGUUUUAGUUGUUGGAUAUGGAAGAGAAAACGGCAUCGACUAUUGGAUUGGUGCAGUAACAUCAGUUAAAGAUCAGGGAUCGUGUGGGUCAUGCUGGGCCUUUAGUGCUAUCGGUGGAUUGGAGGGACAAUACGCUCUUAAAUAUAAUAAGCUGGUCUCUCUAAGUGAACAAAAUCUGGUCGAUUGUGCAGGACCUUAUGGUAAUGGCGAUUGCAAUGCUGGAGGAAUAAUGAGUAGAGGAUUUGACUAUAUAAAAGACAAUGGUAUUAAUACGGAGGAGGAUUAUCCAUACGAUGGGCAAAUAUUCGGCUGUCGUUACCAACCUUCCAAAAAUGUUUUACAUCUUAGUGGAUAUCAACAGAUAGAACCAAGUGAGGAUGCGUUGAAAUAUGCAGUAGCUACUUACGGCCCCAUUACCGUUUCAAUAGACGCUAGUACUGCUAUGUUAUACGAAGAUGGUAUCUUAAAUAAUUCAAGUUGUGAAAAUAGACCCGAUAAACUAAACCAUGGUGUAUUGGUCGUUGGAUAUGGCACGGAAGAUGGUACAGACUAUUGGAUCAUCAAAAACUCCUGGGGAACUUACUAUGGAGAAAACGGAUAUUUUAGGUUAAUUAGAAAUGCUAAUAAUCAAUGCGGAAUUAUUGAUGAUGCAAGCAGACCUCUUGUAAUAUAAGUUUAGUGAUAAAUAAAAGUUAUUAGAUGUUAUAUAAA